AUGGUAGCUAGCGAUUGUUACGCUGUAUUAGGCAUCAAAACGACAGCCACGGAAGAUGAAAUUCGAAAAGCUUAUCGUAAGAAAGCACUUCAAUAUCAUCCGGAUAAGAAUUCUUCGUCAACAGCAGAAGAGCUCUUCAAGGAAAUCAACAAAGCCUACGAAACGUUGAGUGAUGCUGAAAAACGGCGUGCGUACGAUUUACAACAGCAAACAACGAACAUAAAAUUUUCUUCAGCAUCUCAACCACAACGACGGUACGAAUCGACAUAUCAUGCAUCGCGUCCAUCACAGUUUUCUUCGAGUCAUGCGAAUUCAGCGCGAUUUCGUUUCCAUGAUCCAUUCUUUACAAUUCGACAACGUCAUGCAUUCUUCUCCAGUAAAUUUCAUCAACCGGAAUUUUCAUUCUUCGAUACUCAUUUUGGUUCAUCCGACGAUGAAGAUAAUGAUUCUGAUCAUUACGACCCUGUCCUAUCGUCAUUUCGUACUAGUCAAAGACAUUUUCAUAGAAAAACUCGACCCAAAUGGAGUCAUAGUAGUCCGUUCGAAAGUGAUCCAUUUUCCAUGUUUGAAAUGUUAACUCGUUCGAUAUUCGAUCAGUUUUUGAAAGAUGAUUUCUUCUGGCGUCAGCCGUCAGCUCGUUUGAAUAACCCAACUCAGGCACAGCGUGGUCAAACGACAACGACAACGCGAACAAAUAUUCCAGUCAACCAUGUUGAUCCGAAAGGAACUUAUCGAUAUGAAAUGAAACGAACCUCAACGACAUCGUCACAACUCAAUUCAAAUGACAGUGACGACGAGGAGGAAGAAACUGAGGAGCAUUUCGUUUAUCAACAACCGAAACCUUCGACAACGAGGAAUGAUCAAUUCUAUCGUCCGGCUUCGUCAACAUCGAAAGUUAAAUCCGAAACAUGUCAGUAUUGCUUUUAUCCUAUAGGAUCGGUUGACAGUGUUCGCAAACACGAAGCUGUUUGUCGCUAUCGACCAGAACAAGAAAAAAUCUAUACAACCAAAUGUACUUACUGUCAAGAAAAUGUCCGUCUAAGUGAAUAUCUCGAUCAUGAAGAACGGUGUAAACAAAAUCAAGCAUCAGUUGAAACGAAACGGUAUUACAAUCCAUCAUCAUCCGGUAAUGACUUAGAGAGCAGUCUUUCACUAGAAAAACACAUUGUUGGAAGUAUAUCAAAUGAUAAUAACCAAGUUCGUAAAUGUCAUCGUUGUCAGAAGACCUUCCCCAUCUUAUCCGAUUUAUUCAAUCAUAACUGUGAUGAUGAAAACGAUCUAAUUCUUUCGAAAUCAAGUAAACUUGAAAACAAAGCAUCCAAUGAGAGUACACCAUCGUUAUUGGAGAAAAUUUCGUCAUCGUCAACGAAGUCUUUCAAAUUGAACCGCCUUCCAACAUUCAACAACUCGCCGAUCUCAUCAAACCAUCUGCAUCGCUUAUUUACUCCACAUUCGUCUUCAUCAGUCAAACAACCCCAUUCGAACUCGAUUCACAUAUCGAUCAUCGAUGAUUUCAAUCGACCAAAACGAGCUACAUUGAGUAAUGAACAUCAUCCAAUUUACAAACGCCCGUUGUUUCAACCAAAUCUGUCGACAUCGAAUAAUAAAACAGCGUCGUCAAGUGCUUAUGUUUAUCUUCGAAAUCCGACAUCAUCGAUUCGUGUGAACUCUUGA